UAUAUUAAAUUAUUUAAUAGUAAGUAGUCAUUCGCUAUUUGGCAUAUCUAAAUUAGUGAACAUCUAAAGUCUAAAAUCUUUUAAUUUUGUAAAUCUAGCCAAAGCUCGCUUUUGGGAAUCCUAUUGAUGAUUUCCAAUUCUUGAUUGAGUUAAUUCUUGUCGGUUGAGACAUUUUAUAACCUAUACAACUUAAUAGAAUAUAAAAUGAAAUUAUCGAAACAAUCAAAAUUAAAUACUAAAAAAAUGGAAUUAAAAUUAACAGAAAAAUCUCGAAAACAAAUGCGGAAAGAACUUAGAAAGCAAAAAAAAAUUAAUAAAUCAAUUUAUUUUAAAAAUAAACGUGAGUUAUAUGUGGAUAUAUCUAAUGUUAAUGAUAAUAAAACGAAUCAUAACAAAAUUAUUAACAAAGAAAUAAAUCGAUUAGAAAAUUCUAAAAAAUGUACAAAAAAUAAUUUUGAAAAAAUAUAUCAUUCGGUAAUAUCUAUGACGAACUGUUCUGAACAGGUUAAAAUCAAAAAAAGUGAAGAAUUUGAAUAUAAAAAAAAAAAACAAAAAUGUAAAUUACUCAAAGAAGCUAAUUUAAAAGAAGACAAAGAAAUUAGAAAAUUGGAAAAGAAAUUAAAACUAACUAAAAGAAAAAAGAAGACAAUUCCUAAAUCUUUUGUAACUGAUGGUUUAGAUUAUCUUUUGGAUUUUUGUUUACAAAAAAACAAAAAAUAUAUUACAGAAACAAAAGAAGAAAUCUUAGAAGAUGAAUUUAGCAAUCAAUUUAAUAUAAAUUCCUUAGAAAUAGAAAAAAAUAUAUAUACAAGUAGUGCAUUAGAUAAUAUUAAAGAAAAUAAAAAUGAAAAUAUUAAAUCAGAAAUGUCAAAAAAUUAUACAUUAAAUUUAAAACAGAGUAAUAAUAAUAGUUCAGAUAAAGUUUUAAAUACACAAACUAAAAAAAUUGAUAGUAUUGAUUAUAGUAUUAAUGAUGAAAAUUUUUGGGAAGAUAUUUAUGGAAGAAAAAGAAAUAAAGAAGGUGAUGUUAUAUAUGCAAACAAUGCAAAUAAAUAUGUUCCACCUGCUAUACGAGCAACUAAUAUAAAUUCAAAUGAAGAUGAAAAAUUGCAUUUUUUAAGAAAACAAUUAAAGGGUUGUUUGAAUAAAGUGGCAGAACAUAAUAUGUAUAAUAUAGUAAAUCAGAUAGAAGCAUUGUAUAUGACAAAUAGUCGUAAUAAUAUGAACAAUAUAUUAUCAGAGUUAGUGCUUGAAAGUUUAAUAUCACAUGUAAUUACACCAGAUCGUCUUAUUUGUGAACAUAUGAUGUUAAUUGCGAUUUUACAUGCUAAUAUUGGUAUUGAAGUAGGUGCAAAUUUUUUAGAAAAGCUUAUUAAAAAAUUUAUUAAAAACAUGGAGAAAUUUCAAAGUAUAGAAAAUAAAGAAUUGGAUAAUAUAGUUCUUAUUAUCUCACAUCUAUAUAAUUUUAAAAUAUUUGGAUAUAAGCUUCUUUAUGAAAUACUUAACAAAUUGAUGAUAAAAUUUACAGAAAAAGAAAUUGAAUUAAUAUUACUUAUUUUAAAGACAGUAGGAUUUUCAUUGAGAAGAGAUGAUCCGAAUGCUUUAAAAGAAUUUAUACAAAGUUUACAACAAAAAGCUGUUCAUGAAAGUGAAAAAAAUUCAAGAGUUAAAUUUAUGUUGGAUAUUUUAUUAGCAAUAAAAAAUAAUAAUAUUAAUAAAAUACCUCAAUAUGAUCCUUCUCAUGUGCAACACUUAAGGAAAGUUAUUAAAAAUAUAAUACGAAAAGGCAAUACAAUAACACAAUUCAAUGUAUCACUGGAGGAUUUAUUACAUGUUGAUGAAAAAGGAAAAUGGUGGAUUAUAGGAUCAGCUUGGUCUGGUUCAAAUAAUAUAAGUGACAAAACAAAUUUAAAAGAACAUAAUAAUCUUAAUUUUAAUAUACAAAUUUUGAAAUUGGCACAAAAACAAAGAAUGAAUACUGAUAUAAGAAAAAAUAUUUUUUGUAUUCUUAUGACAGCUGAAGACUAUUUAGAUGCUUUUGAAAAACUUCAUCAUCUUGAUUUGAAAAAUCAACAAGAAACAGAAAUCAUACAUGUAUUAAUACAUUGUUGUUUACAAGAAAAUAAAUUUAAUCCUUACUAUGCAAUAUUAGCUCAAAAAUUAUGUGAAUAUAAUAGAAAAUAUCAGCUUACAAUACAAUGCAAUUUUUGGGACAAAUUGAAAACAUUAGAAGCAUACAAUAAUAAACAACUAAUUAAUUUAACACAAUUUUUAAUUCAUUUACUCAUUGAAAAAUGUCUUGCUUUAUCAAUUUUGAAAGUUAUUGAAUUUACAGAACUUAAAAAACAUACUAUAACAUUUCUCAAACAAAUUAUAUUGGGAAUUCUAUUGCACGAAAAUGAACAGGCUUCUAUUCAAGUGUUCGAAAGAAUAUCUGUUUCUUCUCAAUUACAGACUUUUAGAGAAAGCCUUCGUUUAUUUAUAAAUUGUUUCUUGGUAAAAAAUAUAGAUAUGUGUACUAUAUUAGAUAAGCAAAAAAUAAUAUUAAAAAAGAGAGUUGAAAUUGUAGAUAAAAUAUUAAUUUUACAUGGAUCUAAACUUAUGUUUUAAAUUUUAUAUAUAAGAAAAAGUUAUAAUUUUAUUGAAAAUAUAAUAAAAAAAAAAAUCAUUUUAUAAAA